AUGCCAGUCGCUAUGCAAGUGGCCUAUAAGCCCAUCUCAAAGCCUGAGCCGGGUGUGAACAACUACCAAGGCUUCACACCCGGUAAAACCGAAGUUCUUCGCAAAGGCGCGAAACCGUACAACGCCCGCCCUCUCGAAUCUGACAUACGAAUUGAUCACGAUGUCGAGAUCGUGGUCAGAGAUGGAUGUCGCCUUUAUGUCGACAUUUACCGGCCCGCCGACGUUCCCGAAGACGAAAAGCUACCAGCAGUGAUAAGCUGGUCAUGCUACGGCAAGAAGUACUCCGCUCUACACAUGCUUCCAAUCUGCGUUUGGAAUUGCUGCGUGCCGAAUGAAGCGCUCAGCGGGUUGGAGAAGUUCGAGGGACUUGAUCCAGUUGUAUGGUGCCCACGUGGUUAUGCGAUCAUCUCGGUAGAUUCUCGCGGCACGGGCAACAGCGACGGUUCCAUACCAAUCAUGGGCUCUCAAGAUGCAGAAGAUUGCUACGAUGUCAUCGAAGCUGUGGCAGACAUGCCAUGGAGUAAUGGCAAAGUAGGCAUGGCCGGCAAUAGUGCGCUGGCCAUCAUCCAGUGGCAUGUUGCCUCUCUACGACCUCCACACCUUGCCGCUAUUGCACCCUGGGAAGGGUCUGGUGAUAUCUACCGCGAGCAAUUCUGUCGAGGUGGCGUCUUCAGCAUGUCAAAUUUCGAUCUCAUCACACACUUCAUCAUCAAGACGAACAAUCCGGGCGGCGGCAUCGAGGACUUCGCUGAGAUGCAUCGGAGGUCACCUGUCGCAAACGCGUAUUGGAGCGACAAGCGCCCUGAUAUGACAAAGAUCGAAGUUCCUGUCUUCAUCAGCGGAAGCGACUUUUCCAGCAUCCAUACAAUGGGCUCCGUACGUGGAUGGCUCGAAGUACCUCAUGACAAGAAGUGGAUUCGAUGGAGCUCACACCAAGAAUGGUUCGAGUUAUACUGUGAUCCUCACGCGGAUAAGGAACUGCAUACCUACUUCGAUAAGUAUCUGCGGGGCAUUGACAACGACUGGGAGAAGAUGGCUAGGGUGCGAUGGUCAGCACUCCAAUUUGGCGACCGUGAAGCUAUUGAUGGCAUCGAGUUCUCCGAUUUCCCUGUUCCAGGGACCCAAUACAAGGACUUUUACCUGUCCGGCUCCGGCUUGACCGAACAACCCCCAUCCAAGACCGAGAUGGUCAGCUACGACUCGCAAGACUCGAAAUCGAUCGCCGAAUUCACCUACAAGUUCACGCAAAAGUCACGGCUCAUUGGCCUGCCCAAAGCCGUUUUGUACAUGUCAGCUCCUUCACACGACGACAUGAAUGUCUUUGUCAUCCUGCGCAAGAAAGAUAAGGACGGAAAGCUGCUUAUGCAUCUCUGCUUCCCGUUCUCGGCGAUACCCUCAGCUUACAAAAGUAUCGAUGAUAUUCCAGAGAAGGAACGCGCGAGCCUGAAUCUGCACCUCGGCAGCGUUGGCGUAUUGCGUGCCAGCCACCGGGCAUUCGACCCGGCGCGAAGCAUCCAUGAGCAGUUCCCCUUCCACCCCCACGAGAAGGAAGAGAAGAUCACACCAGGUGAGAUCGUGAAACUAGAAAUCGGUAUUUGGUCCAUGGGUGUCGAUUUUGACGAAGGAGAAUCGAUCAGCGUUCAGGUCUCCGGUGAGUUUCCUAGUAUUGCAGAGUACACGGCCUUCUCGAAACCGCGACCGGAACAUGAGAAGAACAAGGGCGAGCACAGGAUACACGUCGGAGCAGACACGCCGAGCAAGAUCAUACUGCCUUUUCUGCCUGUUGCAAUUGUAUAG